AUGAACAACGAUGCUCAUAAUCAAGUCUCGGUACACCCACCGCCAUACUCGGAAGCCCAACCACGGCGGCGAGAAGAAUGGGAGGAUUGGGAGGAUGAUGAGCCCAUCACACCCAUUGACGCUGGGGAGCAAGUUUCUCCAGCUCCGCCGCAUGUGUCUACUCGAAACUCCAAACCCUCAACGCGACGUGCAUCCAGAGCUUCUGCUGCAAGAAUUGUCCGUGUCAAAUCACGCCAGAGACAGAAGGUCCAGAAUGCCAAGGCAGGCAUCAAGCUUAUCACAGACAUGUCAUCGUUCCGCCGCCAGAACUAUAUGCCAACGCCGGUAGGACGAGCUGGGAAAUUUGUAGACGCUGCUGCUCUAAAGGCAUUGGAGGGAGAGCCGACAUCGGCUUCAGUAGGAAAUUGGAAUUGGUUCAAGAAAAACAAUGACCAAAGCCCAGCAACUGCUUCGCCGCUGUCAUCAGCCCAGCCAGCUCAAUCAGCAUGUACACCGGACAAUAAGCUCUCGCCGGAUGACAGACCCAUCGUCAUUGGCCUAGCUCUCUCAUCUGAGGAAGCGGGCAACUCUUCCCGGUAUGACGCCGCUCCAACACCCAUUGAAGCUCCAGCACGACCCUAUUUGCCUCGAAACCCUUCUUCUUCAAACCUGUCUCCAUUUCCAGUUCAGCAGAAGUCAGUGUGGUCACCUGAUACUCCUGAUACCGUUUCCUCAUUCAGCACCAUUCGAUACGCCUCAAGUAUCUAUUCGCAGUUUCCGUCUCCCGGCACGACAACGGCCGUCAAUGUCCCACCCGUGCCGGCGGUUCCAGCAAACUUCAAGAAGUCAGCUCAUCAGAGGCUCAUCAGCCUGGAACCCGGAGGCAGAACCCCCGAUGACUCUGACGGCGGUACGCCAUGCACACUGUUUGAAGAAGAUGGCACUUCAAGCCCACACAAACAAGCAAGGGGAAAGACAUCAGCACUGACGCCCGAUAGUGCUGCAUCCAAGUCCCGUGGCUGGUGGGAUCAUCAUGUUGUCACACCUUUUAUGGAGAACAGACUGACAUUCACCACCAGUCCAAAGGUGUAUGCUGACUCACCAAAGACUAUCCGAGGGGAUGAAUGGUGGAACAAGCAGGAGACCAAGCCUCCUCAAGGCGAAUAUCUUACACCGAGCUUGGCUCCUAGCUCUUUUCAAACACCAAUUGUCAAAGAACCGACGCCACGUAGGACACCAUCCCCCCGUUUUGAGCACACCCAAGAGAGCGAAUCUGGACCUUCGACUGCAAGGGCAUCCCCCGUUCCUGAAACCAUAUCCAUUUCAGAAAAACCACAAAUACUUGUGACCGAGGAAGAAGAAAGUGCCGGAGAACAGCUGCCUGCAUACUCGCCUCCCGAAAAGAAGAGCCAGCCUGUUCCAGUAAGGUAUAGGGCUGUCUUCCCGCCUGGACACCCACUUCAAAGCCAAUCCCCCCCCUCGCCCGGUCCUGUAUCUCCUGGUCUCUCCUCCACCAUGUCAUCCCAACGAGCUGAGCAACUAACUGAUAUUCCACUCACUCCGGCCCCGCGAGACAACCUGCGUCUCUCUCAAAUGCCUCUCCCAACACGGCCGCUGGGAACAUCUGCACCCCGCGAAUACGCGCAUGGCGAAGCCGAACACGCCACCAAACAGGAGCGUCAAAGAAGACGAAACGAGAAGGAAGAGGCUGUUGCUCGGCGCCUUGGUGGCUUCUGGAGAGGGCGAGGAUGUAUUCCAGAGAGGGGUUGCUUUGGUCGGACUGGGCGCGAGGGUCGACAGCGCCGUCGUGUCUGGAUGAUUAUUCUAGGAGUUCUUCUUGCCGUUAUUAUUCUUUCGAUCACUUUGGGCGUUAUCCUGACACGCCCCAAGCAUUCACAGAAGGUGCCAUCAAUCUGGGUCAACUUGACGGAUUUCCCACCCAUGCCAACCGGAGACUUGACAAUCGUUGGACCGGACAAUACCGCCGCAAAGAGUGGCUGCACUGAACCCUCCACCUUGUGGAGUUGUUCUCUGCCAAAGGAACAACAUGACUCGGUGAAACCCUACAAGCCUGACCAGCCAACCAUUAUCCUGCAAAUCCAGUGGGACAACAGUACCCGCAACGAUUGGAAAACUCCCAACGAGGAUCCCCCUUCAUUGAAGGAGCGUCGAGGUAUGGGCGGUGCCGCAUUUGCAGGAGACACUAUCCGAGCACGAGAGACGUCCGGCUUUGAGCCCAGUCCCAGCCCACCCAAGUUUCAAGAGAUGUGGUUUCUGGGAAAUACAACCGACGAUAUCAAAUCCGAUAAAAAGGGCGGCGAGGCGACUCCAUUCUACAUCAGUCUGGUUGAUUCUGUCGAGGAGAGUAGCCGAAAAGAGCUGACCAAAAGGCAAGAAUUGGACAUGAAUGUUAGCCUUGCUGAAGUGCUCCCAUCCCCUGAUCUCAACGAGAAUGGCGCAUCCAAACCAGCAGUCCUGCUCCCGCAGCCGGUCCAGCAGCCAGUGAGGCUCUACGACCGCGGGCUUCCGACCGAGCACUAUGGCUUUUAUACCUACUUCAGACGAACCAUCUUCCUUAAGUCGGUAACGGUUCUCAAUGAUACCAAGGAUGGGGACAUUCCCCUAGACGAGGACGGUGGCUGUCGGGAGACAGAGGCUGAUUUCAUCGCGACUUGGAGCGAGACACGGUUUCUGGUUCAAAUCUGGACACGCACACUGGCUGCCAACACAUCGAAGCUGAUCGAUCCUACUGGGCAAGGCGCCAUCGACGGAUCACCAGAGCUGAUUCAGCCAGGAACAAUGCCGUACCCGGUGACGGUAACGAUGGAUACACAUGGAGGAGACCCAGGGAAAAAGUUUGUCUGGGCCUGGCCUAUCGAUGAUAGACAGAAGAUCGAUGAAGAGAACCCUAAGCUACUGGCCAACGACAUAGGAGCUGGUGGCACGUGGAUCAACAAAAGGUCUCGAGGAGACAAAAGAUUUGGCGGCUUCGACGGCGGGACCGGAGGAUAUCCGUCUUUGAUGUUGUUCCACGUCCCCCCCACUCUGUCCGAUGAGUGGGGCUGUUCCGUGUUGGGGCCCAAAGAUCAUGCCUUCAGAUCUGUCUUAUCACUACCCUCUGUUAAAACCCCCAGAUUCUUCACGCAGAUGCGCUCCCUUCUUCUUCAAUGUCGCCAUAAGGGAACGCUCCUUGGCUUUAGGCCUCAAAGGCUUCGGUAUCUCACAACCCUCGCCAUAGAGACGUCCUGCGAUGAUACGGGCGUCGCCGUUCUUCGGCAUACACCAGAAUCAACCGAACUCCUAUUCAAUGAGCGCAUAUCCUCUGAUAACCGCGCAUUCAAGGGUAUACACCCAAUCGUAGCGGCCAAGGGCCACAGUGAAGCUUUAGCACCUCUUGUGCGUCGAGCAAUAGACACUCUACCGCCUGCUGAAGAUGACAGCCAGAAAUUCUGUGAUGCUGGUGGCGUGAGAAGGCAAGUUCCGGACUUUGUGUCGGUGACUCGUGGGCCUGGGAUGCGCUCGAACCUAGGAAUCGGCCUGGAUAUGGCAAAGGGACUGGCUGUUGCUUGGGGUGUCCCCUUAGUAGGCGUCCAUCAUAUGCAGGCUCAUGCGUUGACGCCGCGACUGGCCCGGGCUCUGGGGAUGAGUAUGGGCGAAGAGGACAUCUCCAAAGGGGGACCAGAAUUUCCAUUUCUGUCCCUACUCGUCUCAGGCGGCCACACUCAACUUGUUCACUCAAGAGGCCUGACAGAGCAUUCUAUCGUUGCGACAAGCGGCGACAUUGCUAUUGGUAAUCUUCUCGACCAAACAGCUCGCGAUAUCCUACCUCCCGAGGUUUUCGAAGCAAGCGAGCAUGUCAUGUACGGUCGCCUCCUUGAAGCCUUUGCCUUCCCACCAGAAAAUAGCUCGACUUCUGCCUAUGAGGCUGUUUUCACACCACCAGCUUCUCGCUCCGUAGAGAUGUCUCCUCCAUCCACAGGAUAUGAGUGGAACAUCCCCACGCCAUUUCGACAGACUAGAAAACUUGCCUUCUCAUUCAGCAGCAUCUACACACACGUCCACGAUCUCGCAACCUCCCGCCCAUCCAUGUCCUUGCCUGAACGCCGGGCGCUGGCACAGCAUACUAUGAUGGCAGCUUUUACACACCUCGCAGGCAGGUUAUGUAUCGCCCUUGACGACAAGCCAGAGCUCAGAGCUGCAAAAACAUUAGUUGUAGCGGGCGGAGUUGCGAGCAACAAAUUCCUCAUGCAUGUCCUGCGGUCUAUGUUGGCUGUAAGGGGCUUCGGUGACAUACAAAUUGUUGCACCGCCUAUACAACUCUGUACAGACAACGCAGCCAUGAUCGCUUGGACGGGUAUGGAGAUGUAUCAAGCAGGCUAUGAGUCUGAGUUGACAGUGACGGGUAUUGGAAAAUGGUUCAUGGAUCCUGAAGUUGGGGACGGGAUAUUGGGGGUUGAUGGGUGGGUGACAAGAGACAUCAGGGGCUCAACUCCUGAGAAUCCAUGA